AUGGGGCUGUUGAGGGCUGAGGUGGACGUGAGGAGGCCGAGGUCGAGGAGAGGGCGGAGAUCGAGUGACAGGGGUGGUCUGGAGGGUGGGCGUGAGGCAGUUGGGUGGAGAGGUGGCUUGAGGAGGAGGGGGGAGCUGGGUGAGAAGGGUGAGGGAGGAGAUGGACAUGGAGGUGGUGGUGGUGGUGCUUACCGUUGGUGGGCACGUCCACUCCCCAUCUUCUCCUUGCUUGAGGGCGGCAAUGAUGGGGAUGGUGGCGGGCGAGCACAAUAUCAGCGACGAGGGGGAUCACAAGGGAGGGAGGGAAAGGGAGGGAGAAAGAGAGGGAAAGGGAGGGAGAAAGAGAGGGAAAGGGAGGGAGAAAGAGAGGGAAAGGGAGGGAGAAAGAGAGGGAAAGGGAGGGAGAAAGAGAGGGAAAGGGAGGGGAAGGGCGAAGAUGGGAGGGAGGUUGUGGGAGGGGAUCAAGCCUUUGUCGGCUAUUCUAAGCUCGCCCAUUCCUACUCUCUCACCCUCUCACCUCCCGUUUCCCACCUCCCCUUGUCUCCUCCCUCCUUGCAUCUGCCCUUGUUGCCACCCCCUCUCCUCCUCGUGUCUGCCCUCGUUGCUGCACCCCUCUCCUCCCUCUCCUCCUUGUGUCCAAGCCACGCCCCCUCUCCUCCCUCUCCUCACGUCCAAGCCGCACCCCAAGCUGCCCUCAAAAGGCAACUCCCCCCUCCAAGCCCUCCUCAAAAGCAAGCCCGCAACGUGCUUGACGUCAAGCCCACGUCGGGACCACCCUCAACCCUCCCGCUCCCUCUCAAGACCAUCCAGCCAUGCGCGGCUUUACGGGUAACGGCGGAUUGUACUAUAGCUCACCUACAUGUUGUCUAUACUCUCUUCUCCAUGCUCUCACCACAUGGAGCCUUGUUCAUCAAGUCUACAGUACCCCGCGCACCCGAAGCCAAGUCUUUGUGUAUAAUGUCCAGCUAUCAUACAAAAGCCACUCGCCGUGAGGUUACCAAAUGUCUGACAGCCAACUGGUAUUGUGACCCCGCAGAGUUCGACCCACGUACAUGGAGCCCGCACCGUUGUCCCAGUGGCUAUUGGAAUGCGUUCGACGCAUACACCCUCACCUCCAACAACAAAAUGCUCAUCACGUCCCCCAACACGCCCUUCACACCCAAGUAUCGCAAUACCGAGCAGGAGCUCUGCGCUCGCAAAGAUGGCCGUCUCGGCCAAGCCGAUCCCUUCCAGUGGCCCACUGCCUUCCACCCUUCCAUGCCGUGGUCUUACUUCGAAAACGAUCCCAAGUUGACUUUCUUGUGGUGGACACCCACAGACAAGGACAUCACCUGGAGUCACCCGGAGCAACACACCACAGGCACCCUCGACGGCAUUGGCUUCUCUAGACUCCGCACCCUCUUGGACGUUGCUGAGGAGCGUCACAGACAACAUCAGAACAUCAAGCCCGUUGUCCUCAACGACAUGAACUGGCUCAAGCGCGCGCUUCGGCACCUCUACGACAUCCUCUACCAAUUCCGACGAGUUCCCGGUGACUAUCGUUCCAUUCUCCUUGACGUCACCAACUUCCAGCGUGGGGUGAUGGACGUCUGGGCGUUCACCAAGUGGUGGCUCCGUAUCAAGGCGGGCUUCUAUGCCCGCGACUCAUCUCUAGUGGAGGGGCACAGUGCUGAGGAUGAGACCUCCUUCAAAUACAAUGGCAUCUCGGUCGACCUCCUUGGCACUGGCCUCAAGGAUAUUCUCGAGCGGGGCACGUCCUUUGCCACCAGCAGGCGCUCCUUGGCUAUCCCCCCUGCAGCUGGACCUUCUCGCUCCAAAUCAUCAUCCAAGUUGUCAAAGUCCAAUUGUCCCGCUCCUUACCUCUGUUCUGGUGACAAGUCCAAGCCUAAUGGCAAGCCCAACGUCGCCAAGGAGCAACGCAACAAGUGGGAUGAGCUCGUCAACAAGUUCUGGCCCACUGCCUUUGUCGACCGGACUGGGGCAAUGUGUGGUGCCAACAAGUCUCCUGGGCAUGUGCGUAAUAUCGCCAUGAAUGGCGGUUACUUCUUCCCCAACCUGGCCAUGUUUUGUGGUGUCACCGACCAAUGGUAG